CGGCGGAACCGGAAAUGGCGGGCACGGGGAUAUCCGCGCUUCCGGCGGCGCGGGGCGGGGCGGGGCGGGGCGGCCGCCAUUCCCGGCGGGAGGAGAGCCCGGCAGGGAGCCGCGUCCCGCCCGCAGGUGUUACAUUUAGGAGACUGGACAAGACAUCUGAUAACUGGAUAAUUAUGUUCAGGAGAAGAGGAUCGUGUAUGUUGAGAAUUCUUACCUUAAUGCUUGGCCAGUCAAAUUUGCCUUACAGAUUUAAUCGUCCAGUUGCUUCUCACCGACGUUGCUGUCACAGAAGCCUGCUUUCCAAACAGAGAUACAGGACACUCGCAUAUGCUGAAAGACAGGCAAUAACUGCUGGGACCAAGGUCAUGGCAGAAGGAGAGUUGCCAGCUGUUUUGAUCCUGGAUAUAGGAGGAACUCAUGGUGUGCUGGAAGACCUUGUAGCACUUUUGAAGAAACACUUUCAGCUUAUCACCAUGAAGGAAUUUCUUGCAAACAAAGAAGAAGUGAGCAAAAAAAUCCAAUCUGUUUUUGUGUUUGAGCGCAGACCAACUAUUGACCGUGAGCUUCUAGAAAGUCUGCCUAAUUUAAAGGUAAUUGGAAACUCUGGGGUUGGAGUGGAUCACUUAGACUUGAAAAUGAUCUCAAGCUUUGGUGUAAAAGUGACCAACACCCCGCAUGCUGUGGCAGACCCAACAGCAGACAUAGGAAUGGCCUUGAUGCUGGCCUCAGCCAGAAGACUUGUGGAAGGCUGCCAGAUUGCAGUGUCUCCAGACACAAAGUCCUUUGCUGUUGACUGGCUGGGAGUGGAAGUGAGCAGAGCAACGCUUGGGAUCAUUGGGAUGGGCAGCAUUGGAUACAAAGUGGCUCAGAGAGCCAGAGCCUUCAACAUGAGGAUCCUUUACCAUAACAGAAACCGGAGACGAAAGGAGGAGGAAGAGGCUGUUGGUGCCCACUACUGUGCAAAGAUGAAAGACUUGCUGCAGCAAUCUGACUUUGUUAUGUUGGUUGUGAACCUGACUCCUGAGACUCACAAACUGAUUGGGAAAAAGGAACUGGAGCUGAUGAAACCCACAGCUACUCUUAUCAACAUCAGCCGAGUCCAUAACAUUUCAAUUUCUCCAAGUAUGGAGAAGUACUGUGAAGUUGAUAUUCUGGGAGUUAAAGUUACUGGAGCUACGCUGGGGAUCAUUGGCAUGGGCAGCAUUGGGUAUAAGAUUGCUCUGAGAGCCAAAGCAUUUGAAAUGAACAUUUUGUACCACAACAGGACACGGAGGAAAGUGCCAGAGGAGCAAGCUGUUGGUGCCACUUACUGCAAAAAGAUAGACAGCUUGCUCCAGCAGGCAGAUUUUGUGAUGCUGGUGGUGAGCCUGACACCUCAGACACACAAGCUGAUCGGGAAAAGAGAGCUGGAGCUGAUGAAACCCACAGCUACCCUCGUUAACAUCAGCCGAGGUGCAGUAGUUGACCAAGAGGCGCUGCUGGCGGCUCUGCAGACCGGUGUUAUCAGGGCUGCAGCUUUGGAUGUCACCUCCCCAGAGCCACUGCCCAGAGAUCAUCCAUUGUUAAAAUUAAAGAACGUCAUUAUAACACCUCACCUCGGCAUUAAAACAGACAAGGCCACCUAUAGGAUAACAGAGGAAGCAGUGGAAAACAUACUAGCAGCCCUGAAUGGUCUCCCCCUACCCAGUGAAGUGCUGCCUAGCUGAUGUGCAAAAGGACAUCACACCUCUUUUUAUUCUUCUCUUAUCUUUUUAUUCUUAUCUUUCCCCUCCACAUCAGCUCUAAAGAUCUUUUUAAAUACUAGAAUGUCCAUACACCUCACUAAAGCUUGCAAGGAAAGAAUUUGCCAUCUUCUCAGUUGUGUUUAUAUCCUUUCUGUUGUCUAACUCAAGUCCAAAAGACAAAUAAACCAACUCACAAAGUGGCAGCGCUA